UUGGAGUGGGGGUGGUGGGGAAGGCGACGUUGUUGGUAGCCGGUGUUGCCCGGGCAGGCAGGCGGGCAGGCAGGCAGGCUUUGGCGGGCCGAAAAUCAAUUCGCUCAUCCUUUUCCAAGCUCCGAGAUCGUGUGCAGGCGAAACCCUAGGGUCGCUGCCGCCGCCGCUUCGCCUCUUGUUCGGUCUGCGAGUGGGAGCCGUUGCGCUCCGGCGGCGCCCGAGGGUUCUUGCUGCCCGCCUGCCUUUGCGCCAUGAAAGCAGUGAGUCCCGUCCGACACCCGAGCAGGAAGGCUGUGCCCGGAGGCUGCUGUUGCGGCGGCGGCGGCGGCGGGGGAGACGGCGGCGGGGGCGGCGGCGAGCUGGCUCUGCGCUGCCUGGCCGAGCACGGCUGCUCCAAGGGCAGCAGCGAGGCGGCGGCGGGGGCUCUGUGCCUCCAGUGCGAUAUGAAUGACUGUUACAGCCGCCUCCGGAAGCUGGUGCCCACCAUCCCGCCCAACAAGCGGGUCAGCAAAGUGGAGAUCCUGCAGCAUGUCAUCGACUACAUCCUCGACCUGCAGCUGGCCCUCGAGACGCACCCGGCGCUGCUCCGGCAGCAGCCGCCGCCGCCGCCCCCGCUGCACCCGGCCGGCUACCCCGCAGGGCCGCCCCGGACCCCGCUCACGGCGCUCAACGCCGACCCGGCUGCCGCGGUUAAUAAGCAAGGGGACAGUAUUCUGUGUCGCUGAACUGCACUUUCAAGGUGUGCAGCAGGCAGAUCCUGAGCCAGAGAAGCAGAAAGAAAGACACAUUAGGAGGGACGGGGAAUAUCAGCCACUGGGCAAAAGGGGAAAAAAAUCAUUCAACUUCUCCAGAAUUCUUUCCAUACUUCUUUUAGUAAGAGAGAAUUUUUCACGACUUUGCACGUUCUUAGCAUUUUCCACACGUGUCUCUUUUGUUUUGUUUGUUUGUUUGAAAUCAGAUGUGAAUUGUAUUCUUGUCUUGGAGGGACAGGGGUUGAGUCUUCAGCAUAAGGGUGGCUCUUCUGUUGGACAGAAGAUCAAGGGCAAAUUGGGAGUUUUAGAAGUCUAACUUUAAUGGGCUGAGCAGCUGAAAUCUGAAGCUUUACUAAUCUACCAGAGGCAUUGUAGAUAACUUUUGGGUUUUGACAUCUAUUGUUUAAAAUAGAUGGUUUUAUUGUUUCCUUGGGGACUUUCUGCUCCCUACAGGAAUGUUACAUAUUGUAUAGAAUAAAAAAAAAAGAGUGACAUUUCAUACUAUGUAUAUAGAGAGAGGUUCUAUACGUGUAAGUGAGAAAAGUAUAUGCUUUAAUAGACUACUGUAAUUAUAAAAUAUUUUUAAUUAAAUAUUUUUUGUAAAUAUUAUAAAGCUGUGUAUGGUUUUUUUAAAAAUCUAUGGGAAUAUUUCCCUAGGAAAACUAUUUCUGGCUUAAGUGCGGAACUGCUGAUAUGAAAAGAUACUGGCUGUCGAGGGAUGUCUCUCUUCCCUUCCUACCCUUCUUUUCCCUUUAGAGUUGGAAGCUACAACUGUAGCUAGAGUUGGUCCUGCAUGAAUGCAUGAAAUGUCUAACCACAAAUAAACUUGUUCUGAGUCCA